CCCGGUGCUGGAGAUUCGAUUUGCGGUGGGUCGCGCAAAAUCUGAGCAAACCAGGUCCAGCCCUAAGAACCCGAUAGUGCACCGCGGUUUUUCAGUGUCUCAUACCUCGUAUUCCACUCACUCGCCAUCUGAAAUUGGGAAAUGGAGGGCUCCAGACUCCCCUUAGACUGCUAAGCUCUAGCUCUGGAUAGGCCAAGCCUCGACUAGAGUCGCGUGCCUCCGGGCUAUUUUCAGGGGUUUUCGCAGCUGGUUGGCCGAUGACCGCGCUCAAUUCAGGUUCAGUCGGUCGGAAUACUAGUUUACCGAUUGGUUGGAGCAAUGAUGGUCAUAAUUGCCUCCACGACUACCUGCAUAGCAACAUUAUCACUGUCAAUUAAUGUGCUGUGCUGGCAAACCACAGAGAUUCUCGACCGGCCGGCAGAUUUCUGCGCGAUUUGCCAUUGCAGGCCGGAAUGGCGAGGACUGGACGGACAGUCCCGGUGGGGCGAGCAUCCAAAUGGGCCAAUCUUUCCGAGCCAAUUAUACGACCACUUGCUGUUUUGGUUAUCAUAUCGCUUAUCGCGCAGAUGUGACUCGGAACUUCGGAAAUAUGCCGUGUUUCACACGCUGGAGGCCUGUCACUUCUCCUUACAGUGCGCUCGGUCCAGUCUGCCACUCAUCUGCAGACACACUCUCAGCCAAGCCAGAAUCUGUCUCAGUUCAGGUGGCACGAAGGUUAGGAUGAGCCUUUUGACACGAACAGUGGACCCCAGGCAUAUAUUGCGAUGCUCCACCCGUUGCUGCGCCCGCAAUAUGACAAUCUCUGUCUCACAGUCAUUUGGCCACCGCGCAAUGUCUUUAAGUAAGACUUCCCGGGGGAGACCCCCGGACCCCCUUCUUUUCAGCUUCCCAGUAAUACUUGAAUCCUAAGUCUUAGAGUAAAUGAUGUGGAUGUUGAUGAUACUAGCAAUCUGCUCGAUGGCCGCUCUUCAAGUAUUUUCUGGUGGGUACUACCUGGGUAGGCUUGAUUAUCAUGAUCUUUUUUAAAAGCUGUGCUGGUUAUCUUGCCAUGUCAGAGGACUUGACAGUAGCUUUUUCUGUAUCUCUCUCUUUCACUUAGGGUGGGGAGAUCUGCACGCUAGAACUUUGACGCGGCAGAUUGA